ACCGUUCUCUUCAUCCCUCUCUCUCUCCCUUCUCUGAUCCCUCUCCAGUGUUCUUGUUCUUAGCAUGCCCACCACCGUCAACUCACUUUUCUCCAUUACCCCUGUUUUAACUCAAAAAGUUGAACUUCCGCCUCAUUGCUUCCGCUAUAUCGAAAUAUCCAUUCGUGGUUUUCUUGAUUGGCAAAUAAAAAAGUUGCGAUGAGCACCAAGACAGUAAAGAAAAAGACUGAACCAACUGGAAUUGUUAAAUUGGACAAGGCAUUGAAACUGGCUGAACAAUGGGUUAAUAAUAUGAGUGGAUCUGUAGAGGAUGAACUGGUAGAAGUAGAGCCAGAAGGACGACCUCUUAAGCUUGGACUAGGAGCUAAAGUUUCUCGGCAAUCCAAAGUUGGACCUUCUAAUGAUCCUGUUGAAAGAAAAUUAUAUGCAAAGCUAGAUGUGAUCCUUGCUUCAUUCCUCAAAGGCUGUCUUUCAACAGAACCUAGCAAGACAAUAAGUUAAUUUGAUUGCUUUGGUCUAUGAAAAUAACCAAAAAGAACUCAUGCUUAACCCUGCGGCAACUCAGAAUCCAAGACCAAAUGUUACGGUUCAAAUUGUAAAUGCCAAGCUGAGGUAGUUGGUGUUUUAGGCGUUGCAGUUGAAUGCAAUGUUGUAACAAUAUGGGCAAGUUGUUUGACAUGGGUAAUCCUUUGGAACCUGUAAUGAAUAAUGAUGAAGGCCAUGU